GAAAGACAGAACAGUGGAAGCCCACCUCAAAGGAUCUAGCUAGCUAUCUAGGUAAUCUACCCUAAAUAGUUGUUAUCAACCCUAAAUGUCUAUUAGUUAUAUAUAUAACAUUGGGUAUUCUAGCUAAUAGCUCGACAAAUAACGUAGAAAUCCAGGCUACUUGAAAUCACGAAUCCAGCGAAUGGUCCGAGAAGGGAACAAUAGCUAGCUAGCCACAUAGCUAACGUUACGUUAAGACAGUCAAGGAUAAACGAGGGACGUUGGCUGACUGACUAGCCAGAAAAUAAGCUGAGAGAGGAGGUACAGGGAGAAUGUGAAGCACAAUGGCCAACUUUGAAACCUACCAGGAGUACCAGCGGAUUGAGGACAUUGAGGAGGACUCACCUCAUGGGGAGGAGGACCUAUUAGUACAUGUGCCAGAGGGCCUGAGAGACUCAUGGCACCAUAUCAAGAAUCUGGACAACUUCUUCACAAGAAUCUAUCAGUUCCAUCAGAAGAAUGGCUUUGCCUGUAUGAUGUUAUCAGAGUUCUUUGAACUUUUUCAGUUGCUGUUUGUGGUCACGUUCACAACAUUCCUCUUCAACUGUGUGGAGUAUGAUAUCCUGUUUGCCAAUCGGGCAGUGAACCCCACAGGACCUGGCCAGAACCCCCUGGACAGAAACAAGGUCUCUCUGCCUGAUGCCAUCCUACCAAGCCAGCAGUGCACUGAGAGGAUCCAGGAGAACCGGUGGAUCAUUUUCCUGCUCAUCAUGGCAGCCAUCUUCUGGGUCUACCGGAUGAUCAAGGUCUUCUGCAACAUCCUCCGCUACUGGGAGAUCCGACAGUUCUACAUCAAAGCACUAAAGAUCAGAAUGGACGAGCUGUGUAACUUCACGUGGCAGGAGGUGCAGGACCGUCUGAUCAGCCUGCAGCGGGAGCAGCAGAUGUGCAUCCACAAGAAGGAGCUAACUGAGCUGGACAUCUACCACCGCAUCCUGCGCUUCAAGAACUACAUGGUGGCCAUGGUCAAUAAGUCCCUGUUACCUGUACAGCUUCAGCUCCCCCUGUUGGGCAAUCUGGUGUUCCUCACCCAGGGCCUCAAGUACAACUUUGAGCUGAUUCUCUUCUGGGGUCCGGGGUCGCUUUUCCAGAACAAAUGGAACCUGCACCCCAAGUACAAGCGUGCAGGGAACCGCCUGGAGCUGGCCCAGCAACUGAGCCGGGUCAUUCUUCUGAUGGGCGUGGCCAACCUGCUGCUCUGCCCCUUCAUCCUCGUGUGGCAGGUGCUCUACGCCUUCUUCAGCUACACCGAGGUCAUCAGGAGGGAGCCGGGGAGUCUGGGAGCACGCCGCUGGUCCCUGUACGGCCGCCUCUACCUGCGCCACUUCAACGAGCUGGACCACGAGCUGCACGGCAGGCUGGGCCGCGGCUACAAGCCCACCUCCAAGUAUAUGAACUCGUUCACCUCACCGCUGCUGACCGUGCUGGCCAAGAACGUGGCAUUUUUCUCGGGCUCGGUGCUGGCCGUGCUCAUCGCGCUGACCGUGUACGACGAGGACGUUUUGACCGUGCAGCAUAUCCUGACCGCCAUCACCGUGCUGGGAGUGGUCAUCACCAUCACCAGGUCAUUCAUCCCAGACGAACACAUGGUGUGGUGCCCGGAGCAGCUGCUGCAGUGUGUGCUUGCUCACAUCCACUACAUGCCAGACCACUGGAGGAACAACGCCAACAAGAGCGAGACCCGGGACGAGGUGGCACAGCUGUUUCAGUACAAAGCGGUGUUCAUCCUGGAGGAACUGCUGAGCCCCAUUGUCACGCCCUUCAUCCUCAUCUUCCUCCUGAGGAACAAGUCCCUGGAGAUCAUCGACUUCUUCAGGAACUUCACCGUUGAGGUGGUCGGGGUCGGCGACAUCUGCUCCUUCGCACAGAUGGACAUCCGUCGCCACGGAAACCCACUGUGGAUGUCAGAGGGCCAGACAGAGGCGUCUGUGUACCAGCAGGCUGAGAACGGCAAAACUGAACUGUCCCUGAUGCACUUCACCAUCAAGAACCCCCGCUGGCAGCCCCCCCAGGAGAGCUCAGUGUUCAUCAGCCAUCUGAAGGAGAAGGUGCACCAGGACGCUCAGGGAGGACCCCCCACCCAGCUGCUGCUCUCUGAGGCCCCGCUCUGCUCCUCACUGCUCUCCAACGAGUCCGGCAAUGCACCUGACAACCUAUUGGCCAGUGUCCUGGCCCACCCUGUUCUGACCGCGUCAGGCCUAUCCGGCCGAGACCGCUGCUUCGUUCCUCCCAGCACGGCUGCCUCUGCCGCCGCCAGCGUCCUGUCCUCGCUGUCCAUCUCCCACUCCCAGCUCCCCAACGCAAGCCGAUCCCACUCGCAUGUUCUCCUGCCCUCCAUCCACCCCGACAGCACCAUGUACCGCAGCGACCGCACCGGCAUCGACAGCAUGUCAGCCAGUGACUCUCGGAUCAAGAGCACUACAAUGCUUUCAGAGUUUGCCUCGGCCGAGAUGAGUCUCCAUGCUAUUUACAUGCAUGAGGUCCAUCAACAGAGCUCGCUCCCCCACCAGAGGACAUCAGGCCAGUGGCAGAACCCAAUGCCAAUGAGAGAUUUAAUCAGCAACACUGGUUUGCAGACGCACAGCGGCCACACAGCAGUCAACUUGUCUAGUAUGCCCACCCCGCUGCGAGGCUGGAUGGAGGAAGAGGAGGAGGAUGCAGAGGAAGAGGAAGUCCUCAACAGGGGGUCGACUCCUAAACAGGACUCCAGGAGUAGCUGUUGAAGUGCCUUAAAUAAAGGGUGUUUACACUCCUUUCUCGAUGAACAUUGUGGCCUUAGAUGAUCUUUUUGGAGAGUAUUAUGACAUCACAUAACACAAUGCGGGCAGUUGGGAGACCUCAUUGGAUAACCAUUGUCUCUGUCUCCACCCCCCUCCAUGCCUCUCCUCCUAUCACAUCAGGAGUUGUGGCGUCAGGGAAACUGACCAUAUGUCUUCCAUCCCUCUCGCCAUGUCAUAAUUUUGUUAUAAAAUGUAUAAAUAUCGCUCAUAGAGGACUGGAGUCUAUGUGUGUUUGUGUGAGUGUGAGAGAGCGUUGUGUGUUUGUGUGUGUGUGUUUAGAACUCGGGGAAAGGGUGGCAUGCACAGCCAGGAUACUUCCAGGGCAGGUUUGAGCAUGGUACGUAGCAACACCUGUCACACUUUUGUUGCGUUUCUUUGUGUUUCUUUUUAAACGUUUUAUUUGUGCAUCUGGGAGGUUUACAAUGCGGGUCUGGGUUCACUUUCUCAUGGUGGAAAUGGUGUCUUACCUGGUGCUGAAGAGACUAUGGAGUGAAGGUGUAUCUUACUAGCUGCCUGACCAUUCUCACUAUAUGAGGAAAGUUGAGGGCAAAAUUAUACAUUGGCGUGUUUGGCCCUUACGUAUAAUUGCUUGUAAUUUGUAAAUACACUUUAGCGUCUUACCUCUAUAUGAAUAUUACAAUUUUGUUCUGGCACUUUCAAUGCUUGGGGAAGAUGAGAAGUACUGAAGUGACAUGAAGUAGACUGCAACUAUACUACUACUAAGGUCACCAAUAGGACCCUACAAGAAAACCUGACAAAAGUCUACAGAUGGACUAGAUUAAUUAACCACAUUUCUAAACUGGACAUAAUCUAAUUGAAAGCUGCUGUCUAUGACUUUAAUGGGCCUAAUACCAUGUUUUUCUUCAGUAUUAAGUUAUUUUUCUUCUUUUAAAGUCCUGGUUGACUCUCUAAAACAGGAUUCAACAGGUAAUAACUUGAUUAUUCUGUAUCAAAGUAUUGCAAAUGUUCAAUCUCCACUGGCAACAGAUGUAUUACUUGACAAACGCAUGUAAAUCAAGAUUACAUAUUUGCCCAGGCAGUAACUGCAUUGUGGGUAGCUAUGAGAAUAGGCAAUGCAGUCGCAUAUAAUGUACAGUAAAUCAUUAAGUGUUGUUGAUUUUGCAUGGACUGCUCAACAUUUUGUUCACGGAACACUUCCCCCAAUGUACACACAAGAAGUGAACUUUUUAUUAUAAGGGCUGUUCCUAACAUUUUGCAAUUACAGCAGUUGGAGUUUGUGGUUUUACUUUAUUCAUAAAUUAAUCCUAUGUCAGUAUUUUCUUUCCUUUUCUCAGAGAACAGCCUAAGAUGUCAUUUUAAAUAAGAUAAUUCUCCCUUUAUUGUCCCAAAUAUUUAAAGUAACCUUCCAGAUUUCAAUGAAAUAUGACCUAUAAUUUAUUUAUUAAUUCAAUCAUUCAUUACAAUAUGAGUGAAAUAGUAAUUAAGUAUGUUAAAAAGCAGCUUUUCUGUGUUGGAAUGGUAUGGGCGUACCCCAACAGAAUGAUUUGGGCGCGUACCGGUCAUUAAAAAUAAUCAUGCGAGCAGACCGCUGAUUGGCCAGCUCAGCCAACGAGCCAACAUGACAUCAUAUUAUAUGAGGAAAUUGCAAGCAUUUUUUAAAUGGUCUGUUUGAGAUACAAGUUUGAUGUGGGCUUUUUGAAGUCUUUUUUUCUCCAAUUUAUG